CGCCGCGCCCGGCGGACAUGAAGCAGCAUGAGGAUGUGUGAGCGCGGCGUCCAGAUGCUCAUCACCACCGUGGGAGCCUUCGCCGCCUUCAGCCUCAUGACCAUCGCGGUGGGCACGGACUACUGGCUGUACUCGCGCGGCGUGUGCCGCACCAAGGCCACGGGCGACAAUGAGACGAGCCGCAAGAACGAGGAGGUGAUGACCCACUCGGGCUUGUGGCGGACGUGCUGCCUGGAAGGGACUUUCCGCGGGAUGUGCAAGAAGAUUGACCACUUCCCCGAAGACGCGGACUACGAGCAGGACACGGCCGAGUACCUCCUCCGGGCUGUCCGAGCAUCCAGCAUCUUCCCCAUCCUGAGCGUGGGCUUGCUGUUCUUCGGGGGCCUGUGCGUGGCAGCCAGCGAGUUCUACAAGAGCAAACACAAUGUCAUCCUCAGCGCCGGGAUCUUCUUCGUGUCGGCAGGUCUCAGUAACAUCAUCGGGAUCAUCGUCUACAUCUCCGCCAAUGCGGGCGACCCCGGGCAGAGCGACUCCAAGAAGAGCUACUCGUAUGGCUGGUCCUUCUACUUCGGCGCCUUGUCCUUCAUCAUCGCGGAGAUGGUGGGGGUGAUCGCCGUGCACAUGUACAUCGAGAAGCAUCGCCAGAUCCGGGCCAAGUCCCACUCGGAGCUGCUGAAGAAGUCGGCCUUCACGCGCCUCCCCACCUACCGGUACCGUUUCCGCCGGCGGUCCAGCUCCCGCUCCACGGAGCCUCGCUCCAGGGACUUGUCUCCCGUCAGCAAAGGCUUCAACACCAUCCCCUCCACCGACAUCUCCAUGUUCACCCUCUCGCGGGAUCCGUCCAAGGUGACCAUGGGGACGCUGCUGAACUCGGAGCGGGACCACGGGUUUUUACAGGUCCAUAACUCCAUCCCCAAAGAGUUCAAGGAGUCGCUGCACAACAACCCGGCCAACCGGCGAACCACGCCGGUCUGAGCCCAGCGCCCGGGGCCGGGGGCCUGUACAGAGGUGUGUUGUCGGCUGCAUGACAUGAUCCUAGUGACGGUGUAACCAGUGAAACCCUGUUUUUAAAGAACAAACCCAUGUGGCUCCCCGCGCCCCUGCCCCGGACGUGGCUGGGUUUUUAACCCCCGCAAGUUCGCUUGCCAAGCCAGGCCACUGUGUUUAUGGUUGAACUGUGUUUGGGCCCCGCGAUCCCUCUCCUUUGCCUUCUCCUCGGGGAAAGGGGCAUUGGCUUUGCCGUGGCUCGCUGGAGCAAGGCCCCCCAGGACUGGCGGGGGGCUUCCACAACCUUUUGGGACCACGACUCCUUGACGCUGCCAGUGUUAAUGUCGACAGCAACAGUCACCGUGUUACCUUAGCUGUAUGUCCCAAUGGAAAUGCUGGAGACAGCCCCAUUUGUGAGCAUCAUUCAUCCAGUACUUACGUUUAUGCGAAACGAGCCAGACGCCCAGAGUACAGCGCGCCGGGCGGGCUAACGCGACGAGCGCUCGCGGCGUUCAGACCAUUUGCCUCGUUGUAGUGGGUGCAGUGCUCGGGCUGGGGUUUCUUUCUGGCAUUUCAUGCAUGCAUUAAAUAGCUUGGAGUCCGAUUUCUUCAUGCUGGUUUGGGGAGAAACGUCCUCUUGCACUUUCUGUCGUUUGGAAGGGGCUCUUCCUUCCCUUUUCGUUUUUCUUUUGGGGCAUUCAGAUCAUGUACAGGACUCAGGAGCUGAAUCCUUCCAGCGACUGGCAGCCACUAGCCAGCAUUUAAUUAAUUAACUAACCUCUAGUGUUACAAGUAAAUGAAAUUUAGACACGCACGCACACGGGUACACAUGCGUGCAUAUACAUACACACGUGCACUCAUAAUGCACACGCGCACACAGGCUUGGGCACAACUAAGGGGAGGAAGCUUGACCUAGUCUUAUAUUAGGAGGCGCUGGGUUUGCAUCUCGCGGUCAUUUGUGUGUCGUUGGUGUACGGCUCUAUAAUGAGGAAUGUCUCAACUGACUGGGAGAUUCAAAAGGAAAAUAACAAUAAAAAAAAGUUCAGUUCAGCAAA